AUGUUCUAUGGUCUUUCUACUAGAAAUGUGCUCCGUGCAAGGACAUUUUUCAAUCAAGAUAGUUUGACGACUGUAACAAGAGGUCUUCGCCUAUUCCAAACGAGCCUUUGCCGCCAUGAAAAUUACAGCAAAUCCUGGCUUUCUAAGGCUUCAAAUGUUAUUUCUAACGAGGGCGAAGCUUUGUUGAAAAGCUCGUUCAAAAGGACCAGUGGUCUUGUACAAGCUUUUGAUGACCUGCUGGGGUUUUCUGAAGUUCAAGAGGCACAGUCCGGCGUCAAGAAAGCGGAGAAUGAUUUCAUGAAUACUCGAAGUCAAGUGCAGGCAACGAAAAUGGCGCUAUACUCUGUGCAGGAAAGACUCCGAGAAGUACGUCAGAAAUUAGACCGGGUUCCUCGUGAUGACGAGCGUUAUCUAACACUGGCGACCGAAGAACACAAGAUACUGGUUGAAGAAAAAAAGAUGAAGACUGAACAUGAAAGCUUGGAGGCACUGGAAAGAGAUCAGUUUGCCCUGUUAUCAGGAGCCGUUCGAAAUUCCCAUGAGAGAGAGCGACUAAGAGCAGAAAGGACCAAACACUGGUCUGUGAUUGGGUCUAUUGGAGGAGCAGCACUUGGUAAGCUCACCCUUAGUACUAAGCUCCCUCCUUUCACGAUUACCCAGGUGCAUUCCUCUGGGAAUAUAUGGGGUGGGGUUGGAGUUAGACUUUGGGGUUUUGUUGACAACUUUGGUGGUACAGACUGUAAGUAUAUUCCCAGUAAUAAUAAUAAUAACAUAAUAUGGACUUUUUUGAGUAUCAUUGCAUUUAGCACUGAAGUACUAAUUGCCCUUGGGACACUAUUAUGUCUCCAACUGGAGACAGGACCACCAUUUUAUGCAGUCAUCCAAGCCACUUGAAGAUCUAACCGCCUGCACAGGGCAAAGGAAGUACGAUCAUUUCUCACUUGACUUGCUUGGUUCUCUUAGCCCACACCCUAAUCUAAAACUUUUUAUCAGAGCAACAUGAGGCUUAAAAGCCCUACCCUUUGUGAAGGGGGUGGGGAGGGGGAAGCAGGAAGGGGGCACAUGCAGCAGAGUAUGCUGAUUUAGUAGAGUACUGGAUUGUAGAGUGAGAGGUUGUAAGUUUGAUCCCUGGGGCUGGAUUAAAAUACCUGGGAAGUGAUGACACUGUCUUUACCCUGCAAAUAACUAUACCUUCACAUGACUUGGAUUGUUUGUAGAGAUGGCAUUCCCUUCUCCAAUAGGAACUUAAGGGUAGGUCCCCCUCUCUAAUAGGCCCUCCCCACUUUAAGUUGGUAAUUACAAAGCUGCAAAAGUCAUUAAGCUUUGUAUGAUUAAAAUUUGCCAAUGUUUGAUGAAACCCUACCUGUGGACUGACAAAAUGAUUGGACACUUCAAAUGCUAAAGACUAAUUUGCAAUGUAAUUAAUUUCAGCUUAAUGUAUGCCUUAUAAUUUUUCUGGUUUGUCUGAGUGCAAUGGCAACCUGAUCUGCCAUGGCAAGAUAUAUGUCCUUUCCAAAAAGCAAAGUAAUCAUUAUGCCUUCACUUCACUGACAGUGAUAUGUUCAUGUUGUUAUUUUGCCAGGGAUUCUAGGUUCCACUGUUGUUAACUACAUUCGCUUGAAGCAGAUUAAAAACUCAAUCAAAGAAACUGGAACUGCAUUAAUAGAAAAAACGGAUGAACUUACAGAUCUCGUAAAAUCACAGGAUGGGGAAAAUAUUGGAAUCCAAGCAACUGAGCUGAAGGAGUUCUUUUCAACACAAAAUCAGUUACUGGAACAAAAGCUUGAGGAAUUAGGACAUGUCUUAAAUUUUGUUACUUUGAAUUUAGCAUCUGAGCCUCUUAAAGAAUUUGGAAUUCAAAUUCAACCUCCAGGUGCAAAUAAAACCUUUGGUGGUGGACAACCUUCAGGUGCAAGUCAAACCAAAAGUAAUAUCAAGGAUAUAAUUGAAAUAGUUGCAUCAAAAAUUGAUUCUGUCACUGCUGGAAUGAAAAUAAAUCAAAGGAAAAUGGAGGAUGGCUUUAGGGCACUGCAGCUAAAUCUGGAGAGAGUGGAGAACUCAGUACUUCAAAAGGAGAAAAGGACUACAGGAAUGGAAUUAAUGGAGCUUGAUAAAUCAAAAAACAAUCAAACUUUACCUGCUAGAAGAGUUAGAGAAGCUGUCAUUGAUGAAUAUUUGGACAAUAAUUACUGGUGGAUGAAGGCCAACACUUGCACAACUAUAAUCUGCACAGUAUUGACUGCAACUAUUCUAAUAUAUGAGAUUGUCAAAUAA